AUGUCGGCUGUCAAUGACACCAAAUUCAACUCUGCAGUGUUCCUUCUCACCGGGAUACCUGGGCUAGAAGACGUCCAUCUCUGGAUCUCUAUCCCCUUCUGUUUAAUGUAUGUUAUUUCAAUAGUAGGAAAUUCGGUAAUUCUGUUCAUUAUAAAAACAGAUCCAAGCCUCCAUGAGCCCAUGUACAUUUUCCUUUCCAUGUUGGCCAUCACAGACCUUGCCUUAUCGAUAGCCACCAUGCCAACGACACUGGCUAUAUUCUUGUUUAACUCUAGGGAGAUCAGCCCCAAUGCAUGUUUUGCCCAGCUGUUCUUCAUCCACUCGCUUACAAAAAUUGAAUCCUCCGUGCUCCUGUUGAUGGCCUUUGACCGCUUCAUCGCGAUCCGUGACCCACUGAGAUAUGCUUCCAUCUUAACCCUACCAAGAAUAGCCAAGAUGGGACUGGUGUUUGUGCUAAGAGGGGUUGCAGUAAUACUCCCACUCCCGUUUCUCCUGAAACAAUUCCGAUACUGUCGAGCCAAUAUUCUCUCCCAUUCCUACUGCCUUCACCAGGACGUCAUGAAGAUGGCUUGUUCGGACAUCAGAUUCAACUACCUCUAUGGCUUGUUUCUUACAUUCUUCACAGUGGGGUUGGACUCGGUGCUCAUCUUUCUCUCUUAUGUGAUGAUCUUCAAAACAGUGCUGAGCAUCACAUCACACGUGCAAUGCUUCAGGGCCCUGAACACCUGCGUCUCCCACCUCUGCGCCGUCCUGCUCUUCUACACACCAGAGAUCGGCCUUCCUGUGAUACACAGAUUUGGGAAUAGCUCUUCUCACUUGCUUCAGAUUCUUCUGAGCUACAUAGCCCUGCUGGUCCCGCCCUUGAUGAAUCCAAUCGUGUACUGCAUGAAAACCAAACAUCUUCGUGCAAGGAUAAUCAGGGCAUUCAUCAAGUGA